AUGUUUAGACUAAGAUUCUUUGCGCUAAUCUUUUCAAUUUUUUACUGUGUGCAAUGUCACUUUUUAUUGGAAACUUCAAAACAUUUACAACCUGUUCACGGACUUUACGUUAAGCCAUCAAGCGACGGUACAACUGGAGAUCUUUACGUAGCAGCAUCAGAAGAUGAUGGAGUAAAAUCUCAAUGGAUUACAGAUCAACCAAUAAACUUUCUGUCUUCAGCCUCAGAACACCAGCCAUCGAAGACUCAUCCUAUAACUUUGACAACAACUCUAACGAAAAACAGUUCACCUAAUGAAGAAACUAUUACUUCUCAAAAACGUGCUGUGAUUACCAGCCCAGUCGUUAAAUAUGCGUAUGCUUUACCAGUUCCAGGAGCGGAUGGUAAUCUGUUAGCGCCUUACCCAUACGUCACGCCAACAGUUACAGCAUCUUCUGAAGGAUCAAAUAUUUCACCAUGUCCCACAGAAAUACCAACUCAAGCUUACUCUCCAUACUUUUACCCAUAUAUGUUAUCUGCACUUGCUAAUGCAAUUAAUUCUUUAAAAGAUGUAGAAAAUAGUGAUGAAAAUACUCCAACAAUUGCAUCUCAAGCUUCUCCCUAUUGGCCUCAUACCUAUACAUAUCCGUAUCAAUAUGUUAUGGUAGAUCCUAAGGCUUGGUUACAAAAUCAAAAUGCUGCGCCGUCGUCAACGAUAAGCACAACAAGCAGUGAGAGUACU